AUGGGAGGAAUGGGAAACUGGGAACGGGAGACGGGAGACGGGAGACGGGAGACGGGAGACGGGAGACGGGAGACGGGAGACGGGAGACGGGAGACGGGAGACGGGAGACGGGAGACGGGAGACGGGAGACGGGAGACGGGAGACGGGAGACGGGAGACGGGAGACGGGAGACGGGAGACGGGAGACGGGAGACGGGAGACGGGAGACGGGAGACGGGAGACGGGAGACGGGAGACGGGAGACGGGAGACGGGAGACGGGAGACGGGAGGCACGGAAAAAUGGGAAAAUGAAUACAUUCAAUGA